AUGUCUCUCUCCAGCAAGCUCCCCAUCACCGAUGUCGACCUCAAGGGCAAGCGUGUCCUGAUCCGUGUCGACUUCAACGUCCCUCUCAACGACAAGAAGGAAAUCACCAACAACCAGCGCAUCGUCGGUGCCCUGCCCACCAUCAAGUACGCCAUUGAGAAUGGCGCCAAGGCGGUUGUCCUCAUGUCCCACCUGGGCCGUCCCGACGGCAAGGUCAACCCCAAGUACAGCCUGAAGCCCGUCGUCGCCGAGCUCGAGAAGCUGCUGGGCAAGUCCGUCCUCUUCACCGAGGACUGCGUCGGCCCCCAGACCGAGGAGACCGUCAACAAGGCCACCGGUGGCCAGGUCGUUCUCCUGGAGAACCUGCGCUUCCACGCCGAGGAGGAAGGCAGCUCCAAGGACGCCGAGGGCAAGAAGGUCAAGGCCGAUGCCGCCGCCGUCGCCGAGUUCCGCAAGGGCCUGACUGCCCUGGGUGACGUCUACGUCAACGAUGCCUUCGGCACCGCCCACCGCGCCCACAGCUCCAUGGUCGGCGUCGAGCUGCCCCAAAAGGCGGCCGGUUUCCUUGUCAAGAAGGAGCUCGAGUACUUCGCCAAGGCCCUGGAGAACCCCCAGCGUCCCUUCCUCGCCAUCCUCGGCGGUUCCAAGGUCUCCGACAAGAUCCAGUUGAUCGAUAACCUCCUCCCCAAGGUCGACAGCCUGAUCAUCACCGGCGGCAUGGCUUUCACCUUCAAGAAGACUCUGGAGAACGUCAAGAUCGGCUCCUCCCUCUUCGACGAGGCUGGCAGCAAGAUUGUCGGCGACAUCGUCGAGAAGGCCAAGAAGAACAAUGUCGAGAUCAUCCUCCCCGUCGACUAUGUCACUGCCGAUAAGUUCUCCGAGGACGCCAAUGUCGGCGCUGCCACCGAUGAGACCGGUAUCCCCAACGGCUCCCUGGGUCUGGACGUCGGUCCCAAGACCCAGGAGUCCUACAAGAAGGCCAUUGCCGCUUCCAAGACUAUCCUCUGGAACGGCCCUGCCGGUGUCUUUGAGUUCAAGGCCUUCGAGGCUGGCACCGUUGCUACCUUGAACGCGGCCGUUGCAGCUGUCCAGAACGGUGCUACCGUUAUCGUUGGUGGUGGUGACACUGCCACCGCGGCUGCCAAGUUCGGCGCUGAGGACAAGCUCUCUCACGUCUCCACUGGUGGUGGUGCUUCUCUCGAGCUCCUCGAGGGUAAGGACCUGCCCGGUGUCUCUGCUCUGUCGAGUAAGUAA